AAAGAAUUUGUCGACACAGUUAAAAGCAAGGCAAUUAUAUCUAUUUAGAGCACGGGAGACUUUUUGACAACACGUUAGGCUUGACUACAAAUAAUCUACUAAACAAUUAGCUGUACAAUUUGGCAACAUACCGGAAGAAGAUCUAUGUGUUGCGCUCAAAAUUGUCCCACGUGCUGUGGAAUAUCCAGCUACAAAUGACACAUGGAAUCAUGCUUAAAAAAUAAGAGGUUUUAUUUCAUGUAUGUGAUAACAUGACAUCGGUUUGUUAGCGUAAAUGACGGACAUUGGAGAGGGAUGGCAGGUAGCUCGGCGGCGAAAAGGUACAUCGAAGAAAUAUACAUCUCAUCAGGUGUCUCCAGACUCAAAAUGCCUCAAGGAACACCUGGAUGUUGGGCAGUUUAUCAAACGGAUCAAAAAUAUUAUGUCUGAUCUGAGAUUUGAGGAAUUUUGUAAAGAGUGGCAAGAGCAGCUGCUGGUGGCAGCAUCCACAUCUCCAUUAAAAACAGCUGAGAACAGCAAUGCUGAGGACAGAAAAGAUCAAGUUUGUCAUCAGUUACAAUGUGUUUGUUAUGGGCUGGGCUCUUUCACAACGUGUGUCUCAGCGCGAUACCAACUUGCCAUGUUGCUGAUGCUGCUGGAAGCCAGACAGAUUCCACUGCUGGACUGCUCUGUUUAUGAUCCUGUAUUCUCCUGUGGGGAGAGAGAUGUUUUGAAGGAGUUGGGGCUGAAUGUACUUACAGGAAAUGAGGAGGGGAAGCACCUUGUGACUAAGCCCACCCUCUUUUACAUGAUGCACUGUGGAAAAGCUUUGUAUAACAAUCUCCUAUGGAGGAACUGGAGUGCACAAAGUUUGUCUCAAGUCUUGAUCAUUGGAAACACGUUCAGUGGCAUGAGGGAGAGGUCGAUUGAGAGAGAGUUCAAGCAGGAUUACAGGUACAUCAGUGAGGCUGUGGACUUGUGUGAGGAGAAACAACUGCCAUGUCCUUCCUCUCUGAUAGAUGUCUUCAGUGAUACGGCACUCAUCACCUUUCCCUCCAGUAGCCUGAGCCGUCUCCCACAGUCCAGCUGGGUAGACUCACCUGAGCCACAGUAUCAACACUGUCCCGAUUUGGAGAUUAUACUGAGGGAAUCUCAGAGCUGAAACCGGAAAUGGAUAAGGGCUGCUUUUAUUGCUGACUUUUUAAAUAAAUUUGUGAUAUUUCAAACCACCAUUUUGUCAGACUGAGCAUAUGUAAUGGUCAGUUUAAUGAGAGACAUACAAUGGUGUUUAAUAAGGGACUGUUGACCUUCUUUGAUCAAUCCACUUUUCACGUUGUAACCCACUUCUUCUCAAUACUUGCAUGUAAAAUAUCUGUCAGUUCUGAGACAUUUUUAGACAAACUUGAAACUUCCAGCUUUCUGUAAAGAAAAUCUGUGAAAACCAAGACUCUGGAGUUUACUGCUUAAUAUAAACUGGAAAAGUCACUGA